AUGAGUGAGGAGGAGCCACCAGGAGGUCAGUCGUCAAACGUCCUGCCCACCAAGUCCACAGAGACCAAAUGUAUUGGUGCUACCAAUCUGAAGUUACAUGCAAUCACACCUGCAGAGGUAAACCUCAAGACAAACUAUUCACAGUUCACAUCAAAUAAGAAAAAAUAUAUAGUGGAGUUACUAUCUUUUCACCCACCUGCCUUCACAGGUCCAGAGUUAUGGGGAGUGGUUUCCCAGCACUGCAGUGGCAAAUCUCAGUCUCCAAUUAACAUUGUUACAAGGAGAAUGCGACUAGGUGACGAUCUCACUUCAUUUGACUUCAGUGGCUAUCAAGAGGCUUUUCACGGUCGCCUCGUCAACACCGGUCACAGUGUUCAACUGGAUUUACCCGUCGGUAUGAGGAUCAAAGGAGGGAAUCUAACUACCCCAUAUAAAGCGGUUCAACUUCACCUGCAUUGGGGCAAAGACGGAGGACCUGGGUCCGAACACACGAUUGAUGGAGAACAAUUUCCAAUGGAGAUGCAUAUAGUCCACAUAAAAGAAGAAUACAACUCUGUAUCCCAGGCUGUAAGAGACAGCACAGGCGUGGCUGUUCUUGGAUUUUUCUUUCAGAAAUCCAAGUCCGCAAAUAACAAAUUUGAUCCACUUCUUAAUGCUCUGAAAUACAUCACCCAACCCACCAACAGCACGACAUUGAAGGGUGUGUCCCUGGAAAUGCUAACACUACCUGAGAAGAAUAUGACCAAGUACUUUCGCUAUCAUGGCUCCCUCACUACACCCAACUGCGCUGAAGCUGUCAUCUGGAGCUUGUUUGAAAACACAGUUCCUCUGAGCAGUAAGCAGCUCGCUGCAUUCGCCCAGCUUCAGUUUUCUAGUGGAAAGCCGAUGGUCCAAACCUACAGACCCGUGCAGCCCUUGAGUGAGCGGCAGGUGUCUUACUCCAGAGGCCAUCUUGCUCAGCUCAACAAAGUGUUACUCCUCACGUCUGUGCUGGUGUGCACUGCACUCUCCCUGUCUACCUCAUUUACGACGCUUUUAUAAAUACAUACUUGCUGACUACGCGCUGAUGAUUGUCAAAUACAUUACAUAUAAUGUAGUGUAUAUUAAAACAAAAAACAAUUGUGUAAUUUUGUCCAAACACAACCUCAAAUGUCAAAGCAUGUGUCAUCAGCAUUUUCAUGUACGAAUUGCAUUUUUAGUUUGUAGAUUUAGCAUUAUUGAUGCAUUUAAAAAAAAUCUACAACAAACUGUUCUGAAGUUCCUGAUCAAACAAUUGUUUUAUUUGAUUUUACAUUUUUGAUUGCACAGUUACCGUGUACAGAACAAUUAUAGUAGAUGUUGCGAUACUGUCUCUUGUGAUAUGUUAUCACAAUUCAUGCAUUUGUGGGACUUCCUGUCCUGCAGACAUCUGAACUCUGGACUGUUCCUUUUUUGCAGUUUAUUCUCACCAGUUAAUCGUCAAAAUGAUGUUGUUUGUGUUAAAAAGGCUCAGACUUUGGUACACACUGUUGUUAUGUAAAGCCAUAUGCAAUGAAUCAAUACAUAAAUAAAGUAUUAGUUCCACGACUGCUUUGUAGAAAACCUUUCAUGAGAUGUUUAGGGGCAUGUUGGUAUCUUGAUUACAAAGAUGUUGUGACGUUGAGGACUAUUAAAAUGCACUUUACGCUGUUAUCAAUCAGAGCGUCACCUUCCCUAACCUCCACUAGGUGGCAGCACCAAACAAGUCUGAAUGUGAAUGCAUGCGCAUGCAUCUGGGUAGCAGUAGCGUGCUACAAACCGUAUUUAACACAGAGCAUUAAUAUAUGUUAUAUAUGUUUAGCAGUUCUGGGGAAGUUUCAUCUCUCAUGGUGUGACUUGAUAACCCACGGCAAUGAUGUCAUCAGACAGGGAGAUGUUUGGCUGGACAGAAACAGAAAUGGUGGCCUUCUUUGUGGUGUGUGUAGGCACAUACAUCUGAUAGAUUCAUUCUAACUCUUCAAACAUAUUAAUGUUCUAAAUGAUAUAUGUUUUGAAAUUAAAAGAAAUAUUUAGAAAUUAACUUAAACUGCAUCAAACCUUUUAGAGGAAGGCCAUUUGUACAGGAUUGAGUCUGUCUCUGCGACCAGUCAGCAAAGGUAAAACAUAUUUCAAUCAGGCCUCAUCAGUGACCUGGAAGGAUAAUAGCCAGUGAAGUCAUUGGAUGAUGCGCUUGUUUUUGGCUCGCUGACUAACUACAGUCUAGCACCCAGCGUACUUGAGGAGAUCACUUUGGAUGUAAUCCCGUGUUGCACAGGAAUAGAUGUCUAAUGGAAUCACAGCCUCUGGAACAACAGCGCUGCGGGAUACAUUCUGCUAAGUUUUGUGUAGUUUUCUUGGAGAACACGGAUAUGAACUCAUUAUGAAAUAAAAAAAUACAACCUUUACGUGUGUGCGCAUGGGGUAUAUGACGGGGCGAAUGCCUUUAGUAUUUGAUUCCUUGAAGCAAAUUCAACUUGUUGGUGAGUCCAACCAGUUAUUUGUUCAUUUGCUACACAACUGUCUCCUUGUCUUUUUAUUCUUUUUCUUUUCGAACACGUACAUCUUUUCUCGGUUUCUGUGUGACACUCUUCCCCCACUUCCUCUUAUUUCACUUGGUGUGACUCUGAGGUUUCGGUUGUCGUGACAACGGAGGACUCAGGCCCUUGUCUAUUCUAUUUGCAAAGUUUCUGUUGUUGCAGACAUAUUGCACAUUUGCUGCUGGGAUAGUGCAGAGCCUUGCACCACCACCACCACCACCACCACCACCCCACCCACACCGUGUCAGAAACAUGCAAGGCGUGAAUGAGUUCUCAGAAAUAUAGAAACAACAUUAAUCUCUUCCUGUAUCAUCGAUAGCUACAGAUGAUUUUGGACUAUUAUUUGAGGACAGCGCUGAGGUGCACCAUACUCCCUUUGCAAAUAUAUAACAUAAAAUAAGCUCACUUAAUCAAUUAGUCUUCAAAUAAUCUUUGAUUUACUUUAAUCUUUUAUCAUUAUGUUGUUAUUUUAGUCCAAGAGCAUGCCUCAAUGCUGCAUUAAUAUAGAGAACUAUUGUCCUGAGAUCAAUGAAACACAUCCACAUUCAUUAUUACUGGGAUACAUGUCGGUGUACUUUAGUGAAUGGCUUCUUUAAAGGCAGGUGUAACUGCAUAACGGCAUGUCCUUAAAAGGAUCAGCAAACAUUCUGCAGCGGUGGUGCAGUCUGACCGAGCUUCAUGGGCGUAGGCUUUGAAUUGGCAUGUGUGUGUUUGUCUGUGUGCAGAUGUGGAAAGUAACUGUGUACAUUUACUAAAAUGGUCGUACAUCGUGAAUCUUUCUUACAGCGUAAUACAUUUAGGGAGUUAUAUUGUCGAUAAAAAAUACUCUGAAAUAAGCUGUAUUACUGUUUUUUUCGUUUGCUAAGCGACAGCGGGCACAACUGGAGUCACAUGUGCAAAACUCUAACUACAGUCUGCACAGCAGCAGUUCAUGUGGACCAAACUCUAGUUUGUUUUUCAUUGCUUGAACACAGUUUUCAAAACUCUAACACUUAUCCCAUGACUUUAACCACAACCUGCACAACACUGUGGAUCUACAGCACUUUGUUCAAAUGCUAACACACUGCUGUCAAAACUGUGAACCACACAUUCAAAACGGAAUACAUUUCAACCUUGUGCCUUUCAAACACUGCUGAUUGCAAUUUCAGCUGAAAGGCUAAGCAGGUGUCUUCUUUUA